AUGACGCAAGAGCGAAGUGACUUGGUGUUCCUUCGGUCGCACGAUAUACCUGUUUAUGCCAAAUUUUCAUGGGCUGAUGACAAUCUAUCGAAAAGGGAUGACAUACGAGUGCCAAACGUGGCCUCUGCGCACAAGUCCAGCGAGGCAUCGGCACCCGAUAGAAUCACAUGGCACAGGCGACCAACGACCUAUACGAAGCAUGUACCGCAUUUGAUGACAGAUACCGAUGAAAAUUAUAAUGAGCCGGAUUCUUUGCAAAAAGCACUUAGGGAAUCUCUGGAUGAUUUACGAGGGUGUACAUUCCAAGAGCUGGACGAGGCGCACCAAGAAAAGAUUCGAGAUCGCAUCUGGCAUUGUUUGCGUUCAUCCGAUAUGAAAGGACCUGUUUAUGGUUUUCAGCAGCUGCGCUCGAUUCAAAAACCCACAACCAGCCAACGAGGCGAGCACAUCAUAAUGGCAUUGUUGGUCAACGUGGCCGUACUAUACUUGCAUUAUACAUUAAUGAUAGGCUCGCUGAUAUUGCGCUUGUUCCGACUAUCUCAUCAAGAAGCAAUCUCUACGGAGUUGCUGCCUUUCCAUUUGAUGAUUAUACCCUCAGAUUUGUACAGAUGGCCUCUCUCAUGGAUGUAUACUAUGCUGCCGUUCACCAAGCCUCAACCUACACCGUCUAUCCCUAUACGAGAUCGUGUCUUAUACAUGACGCAGGAAUUCGCAGCAAUGAUUCGCACGUCUGUGCUUCCACGUCAAUGGCAGCAAUGCAAGGACCUGAUGUGCAUCCUUUUAACGUGCCUAUACCAUGUUUCACGGCAUCGCUGCACCCCUAUAUAUCACGCCGCAAACAUGUUAAAAUUCGUCUACGGUCUCGGCAUUCACAAGUUCUUUUACCACACCCUGUACAUGCUCCUCGAGUCGCUGAUCGUCGCGUACGAGACGCUGACGUCGCCCGCCGUAGCAGCCCCAUAA